GUCAAUUUCGCAGCUCCCACUCGAAGCCCUAAUUCUCGAAUUCAAUGGCGGUGGCCGGAGAAAGCUCGUCCACUCUGCCGGAAAUGAAGCCGGUGAUUGUUAGGGUUAAGCGCAAAGCCAACCAGUCUGUACUCGACGCCUUCUGGAUUGAAAUCAACGAGCGGCCGCCCAAGCGUCCACUCUUGGAUUUGGCCAAUCUCUCGCUCUCUGAUUCACCUGGGAAAGCAGCAGAAGAAGAAUUGAAGACCAAGAAGGUAUUUGUGCGGCGUGUAGAGACUGUUAGCAGCUUUGAUACUACCAUUGAAAUUGUCAAGUCGUUUGUGGAUCCUACUACGGAUGAUGUCAUUAAAAGUAAAACAAAGAGCGAGGAACGGAGACACUCUUUAAAAAAGGACAAUAAACAAGAGCAGAUUUUGUCUAAAGCUCGACAGACACAAGAGGUUGUAGCAAAAAAUGCCCGUUUUGAACAGGUAUGGAGAAGCCGAAAGGGAAAGAAAGAAGAAUCCGAUAAAAUACAAGAAAGAUGCCAUUUCUAUGAUGUUAUUCGUGUUGAUGCUGAGGAAAGAUCUAAUGAACUGAAACAACAGGAAGAGUUAUCUUUGGAGGAUCAGAGAAUUUUGCAGAAUUACUUGCCUCUACUGAGAGAAUUCAUCCCAAGUGCGGCUGUAGAGGUUGAAUCAGAUUUACAUGCUCAAAAACAAGAGUCUGAAGAUGAGUAUGUAUAUGAUGUUUAUGCUGUGAACGAUGAAAUGGAUACAGCAGAUGAAGAUUCUUCCCACCCAUUUCCUUUGGUGCAAGUUGAUGAUGAGGAUUUCUAUGAUGGGCCUGAUGAAACAGAAUAUGAUUCCGAGGAUUCAAAUGCUGAAAACAAUCCAAAUUAUGAUUACCCCGAUGAGGAAUCUGAAGAUGAAGAAGAGGAAUCAGAUGGUGAAGCAUCUGAUAAUGAAUCACAAGAUGAGAGAGACAGUGACAGAUCCUUUGAAUCCAGGGAUUUAGAGGGAUAUGACAUUUCAGGAGAUGAUAUUUCUAUGGAUUAUGGUGAUGAAGAUGAUGAUGGUGAUGGUGAUGGUGAAGACUGAAUGUGGAUUUAAGCUUUUGUGUACAUGAUAAAUUAGAUCAUUCUACUCUGGAUAUUUGCUUUUGCAAAUGUACAUCAAUUCUUAGAUGUUAGUAUGGAUUAAUGGUUCAGUCUGUGAUGAUGUGAAGACGAAUUCCUUCAACCUGUUAUGCUUUUAGCACCUCUGAUAGAUCGAGUGGUAGUAGACUAGUAGGUUAGGGCAUGGGAAACCUUUCCAGUUAUUGUAGGAAGGUCUCUUUUCAGUGAUUGUCCAAGUUAGAGAAUUGGAUAUUUGUGCGGGCUUCUCUUCUUUCCAAGAUUAAUCUGCGGUAAUGUUUCUGUCACCUUAAUGCUCAUGUUUUACAGAAUACGAGUUGUUUUGUUCUUCCGGAGAAAUUUCUCUAGCUUGCUCAUGUUUAAUUUAUCGGUUUGGCAAAUUCACCUUUGGGGAUUGCCAAAAGGCCUUGUACCAUUGGAGUUUAGAUAUUGCAACAAGAUAACCAAAUUAUUGGGUGUAUAUUUAUCUGGCGAAUCAUGUAAAUGCAGAGUUUACAUGUUUCAACACUCCA